CGGGGAGCGCGGAGCCGCGGGCAGGCCGGGCCGCACCGGAGCCCCGCGUCCGCCCGCGACCCGCCCGAGCCCUGCGCCCGCGCCCUGCGCCUCACGAUGCGCGCCAAGUUGCGGGCCGGGGACCCCGGGCCGGCGCCCUAGGAGGCGGCGGCGGGAGGAUCGCGUCCCGACCAGAGGCUGGGCCUGCUGCGCGCCCCCAGCCCGAUCGGCACCGCCACUUGCCUGAGCGCCCCAGCGGCCCGAGCGCGCCCCAAGCCCGGGCGCCACUGCUGCCACCUCCGCGAGGUCUCCCCGAGAGUCUUUGAGGACACAGCCUCGCUGGAGGCAGUUUCUGGUGCCAGUGACGGGGUGGCCCGUGAACCGAUGACGAGGACCGGCUUUUAACCCUUGGUGGCGAUUAAGAGAAAGCACGUCGGGGCCUGGGAGCCCCUCCCCCACCGCCAUGUCGGGGUCCACACAGCCUGUGGCGCAGACGUGGAGGGCCACCGAGCCCCGCUACCCGCCCCACGGCCUCUCCUACCCCGUGCAGAUCGCCCGGACGCACACGGACGUCGGGCUCCUGGACUACCAGCACCACGCCCGCGACUACGCCUCCCACCUGUCGCCCGGCUCCAUCAUCCAGCCCCAGCGGCGGAGGCCGUCCCUGCUGUCCGAGUUCCAGCCUGGGAAUGAACGGUCCCAGGAGCUCCACCUGCGGCCAGAGUCCCACUCAUACCUGCCCGAGCUGGGCAAGUCAGAGAUGGAGUUCAUUGAAAGCAAGCGCCCCCGGCUGGAGCUGCUGCCCGACCCCCUGCUGCGACCGUCACCCCUGCUGGCCGCGGGGCAGCCUGGGCGGUCCGAGGACCUCACCAAGGACCGUAACCUGACUGGCAAGCUGGAACCGGUGUCUCCCCCCAGCCCCCCACAUGCCGACCCUGAGCUAGAGCUGGUGCCUCCGCGGCUGUCCAAGGAGGAGCUGAUCCAGAACAUGGACCGCGUGGACCGAGAGAUCACCAUGGUGGAGCAGCAGAUCUCUAAGCUGAAGAAGAAGCAGCAACAGCUGGAGGAGGAGGCCGCCAAGCCGCCCGAGCCUGAGAAGCCAGUGUCGCCACCGCCCAUCGAGUCAAAGCACCGCAGCCUGGUGCAGAUCAUCUACGACGAGAACCGGAAGAAGGCUGAAGCUGCACACCGGAUUCUGGAAGGCCUGGGGCCCCAGGUGGAGCUGCCGUUGUACAACCAGCCCUCCGACACCCGGCAGUAUCAUGAGAACAUCAAAAUAAACCAGGCGAUGCGGAAGAAGCUCAUCUUGUACUUCAAGAGGAGGAACCACGCUCGGAAACAAUGGGAGCAGAAGUUCUGCCAGCGCUAUGACCAGCUCAUGGAGGCCUGGGAGAAGAAGGUGGAGCGCAUCGAGAACAACCCCCGGCGGCGGGCCAAGGAGAGCAAGGUGCGCGAGUACUACGAGAAGCAGUUCCCCGAGAUCCGCAAGCAGCGGGAGCUGCAGGAGCGCAUGCAGAGCAGGGUGGGCCAGCGGGGCAGUGGGCUGUCCAUGUCGGCCGCCCGCAGCGAGCACGAAGUGUCAGAGAUCAUCGAUGGCCUCUCGGAGCAGGAGAACCUGGAGAAGCAGAUGCGCCAGCUGGCUGUGAUCCCACCCAUGCUGUACGACGCCGACCAGCAGCGCAUCAAGUUCAUCAACAUGAACGGGCUCAUGGCCGACCCCAUGAAGGUGUACAAAGACCGUCAGGUCAUGAACAUGUGGAGCGAGCAGGAGAAGGAGACCUUCCGGGAGAAGUUCAUGCAGCAUCCCAAGAACUUUGGCCUGAUCGCGUCGUUCCUGGAGAGGAAGACGGUGGCUGAGUGCGUCCUCUAUUACUACCUGACCAAGAAGAAUGAGAACUAUAAGAGCCUGGUGAGGCGGAGCUAUCGGCGCCGUGGCAAGAGCCAGCAGCAGCAGCAGCAGCAACAGCAACAGCAGCCGCCGCCGCCGCCGCCCAUGCCCCGCAGCAGCCAGGAGGAGAAAGAUGAGAAGGAGAAGGAAAAGGAGGUGGAGAAGGAGGAGGAGAAGCCGGAGGUGGAAAACGACAGGGAAGACCUCAAGGAGAAGACAGACGACACCUCAGGGGAGGACAACGACGAGAAGGAGGCCGCGGCCUCCAAAGGCCGCAAAACCGCCAACAGCCAGGGGAGACGCAAAGGCCGCAUCACCCGCUCCAUGGCUAAUGAGGCCAACAGCGAGGAGGCCGUCACCCCCCAGCAGAGCGCCGAGCUGGCCUCCAUGGAGCUGAACGAGAGUUCUCGCUGGACCGAAGAAGAAAUGGAAACAGCCAAGAAAGGCCUCCUGGAACACGGCCGAAACUGGUCGGCCAUCGCCCGGAUGGUGGGCUCCAAGACCGUGUCGCAGUGUAAGAACUUCUACUUCAACUACAAGAAGAGGCAGAACCUGGAUGAGAUCUUGCAGCAGCACAAGCUGAAGAUGGAGAAGGAGAGGAAUGCGAGGAGGAAGAAGAAGAAAGCCCCGGCGGCAGCCAGCGAGGAGGCCGCGUUCCCGCCCGUGGUGGAGGACGAGGAGAUGGAGGCGUCGGGUGCGAGUGGGAACGAGGAGGAGAUGGCGGAGGAGGCAGAAGCCUUACAUGCCUCUGGGAAUGAGGUGCCCAGAGGGGAAUGCAGUGGCCCAGCCGCCGUCAACAACAGCUCAGACACCGAGAGCAUCCCAUCCCCUCGUGCUGAGGCAGCCAAGGACACAGGGCAGAACGGGCUGAAGCCCCCAACCGCCCUGGGCACCGACGAGCCGCCCCCAGAGCCACCCACCCCACCUCCAGAGGAUGUCCCAGCCCUGACUGAGCCCACCCCGGCCUCUGAAGCCACCGGAGCCCCCACGCCCCCACCAGCACCGCCAUCGCCCUCCACACCCCCUCCUGUGGUACCCAAGGAGGAGGAGAAGGAGGAGGAGGCCACAGCAGUGCCCCCAGCAGAGGAGGGGGAGGAGCAGAAGCCCCCCGUGGCCGAGGAUCUGGCAGUGGACACAGGGAAGGCCGAGGAGCCCCCCAAGAGCGAGUGCACGGAGGAAGCCGAGGAGGCUCCGGCCCAGGACAAGGCCACGGAGGCCACCGAGGCCACGGCUGAGGGAACGCUCAAGGCAGAGAAGAAGGAGUGUGGGAGCGGCAGGGCCACUGUGGCCAAGGGCUCAGGCGCCCCCCAGGACAGCGACUCCAGUGCCACGUGCAGUGCGGACGAGGUGGAUGAGCCUGAGGGUGGCGACAAGAACCGGCUGCUGUCCCCGAGGCCCAGCCUCUUGACCCCGACUGGCGACCCCCGGGCCAACACCUCGCCCCAGAAGCCGCUGGACCUGAAGCAGCUGAAGCAGCGAGCAGCUGCCAUCCCCCCCAUUCAGGUCACCAAAGUCCAUGAGCCCCCCCAGGAGGACGCAGCUCCCCCUAAGCCGGCCGCCCCGGCUCCACCGCCACAGCAGCACCUGCAGCCGGAGAGCGAGGCCCCUCAGCAGCCCGGCAGCAGCCCCCGGGGCAAGAGCAGGAGCCCAGCGCCCCCCACUGACAAGGAGGAGAAGCCUGUGUUCUUCCCGGCCUUCGCCGCCGAGGCCCAGAAGCUGCCUGGGGAGCCCCCUUGCUGGACUUCCGGCCUGCCCUUCCCCGUGCCCCCCCGUGAGGUGAUCAAGGCCUCCCCGCAUGCCCCGGACCCCUCCGCCUUCUCCUACGCACCACCUGGUCACCCGCUGCCCCUGAGCCUCCACGACACCGCCCGGCCCGCCCUGCCACGCCCACCCACCAUCUCCAACCCGCCUCCCCUCAUCUCCUCUGCCAAGCACCCCAGCGUCCUCGAGAGGCCAAUAGGUGCCAUCUCCCAGGGAAUGUCAGUCCAGCUCCAUGUCCCCUACUCAGAGCACGCCAAGGCCCCGGUGGGCCCUGUCACCAUGGGGCUGCCACUGCAAAUGGACCCCAAAAAGCUGGCACCCUUCAGCGGAGUGAAGCAGGAGCAGCUGUCCCCACGGGGCCAGGCUGGGCCGCCGGAGAGCCUGGGGGUGCCCACUGCCCAGGAGGCAUCCGUGCUGAGAGGGACAACUCUUGGCUCGGUUCCAGGCGGAAGCAUCACCAAAGGCAUUCCCAGCACACGGGUGCCCUCGGACAGCGCCAUCACGUACCGUGGUUCCAUCACCCAUGGCACACCGGCCGACGUCCUGUACAAGGGCACCAUCACCAGGAUCAUCGGUGAGGACAGCCCGAGUCGCCUGGACCGAGGCCGGGAGGACAGCCUGCCCAAAGGCCACGUCAUCUACGAGGGCAAGAAGGGCCACGUCCUGUCCUACGAGGGUGGCAUGUCUGUGACCCAGGGCUCCAAGGAGGAUGGCAGAAGCAGCUCAGGACCGCCCCACGAGACGGCCGCCCCCAAGCGCACCUACGACAUGAUGGAGGGCCGUGUGGGCAGAGCCAUCUCCUCGGCCAGCAUCGAAGGUCUCAUGGGCCGCGCCAUCCCACCUGAGCGACACAGCCCCCACCACCUCAAAGAGCAGCACCACAUCCGAGGGUCCAUUACACAAGGGAUCCCGAGGUCGUACGUGGAGGCCCAGGAGGACUACCUGCGUCGAGAGGCCAAGCUCCUGAAGCGGGAAGGCACGCCGCCGCCCCCGCCGCCCCCACGGGACCUGACCGAGGCCUGCAAGACGCAGCCCCUGGGCCCCCUGAAGCUGAAGCCGGCCCACGAGGGCCUGGUGGCCACAGUGAAGGAGGCGGGCCGCUCCAUCCACGAGAUCCCGCGCGAGGAGCUGCGGCACACGCCUGAGCUGCCCCUGGCCCCGAGGCCGCUCAAGGAAGGCUCCAUCACGCAGGGUACCCCGCUCAAGUACGACACCAGCGCGUCCGCCACUGGCUCCAAAAAGCACGACGUGCGCUCCCUCAUCGGCAGCCCCGGCCGGACGUUCCCACCUGUGCACCCGCUGGACGUGAUGGCCGACGCCCGGGCACUGGAACGCGCCUGCUAUGAGGAGAGUCUGAAGAACCGGCCAGGGGCCGCCAGCAGCUCGGGGGGCUCCAUUGCACGCGGGGCCCCAGUCAUUGUGCCAGAGCUGGGCAAGCCACGGCAGAGCCCCCUGACCUACGAGGACCACGGAGCGCCCUUCGCCGGCCACCUCCCGCGAGGCUCGCCUGUGACCACACGGGAGCCCACGCCGCGCCUGCAGGAGGGCAGCCUCUCGUCCAGCAAGGCAUCCCAGGAUCGAAAGCUGACGUCGACACCUCGUGAGAUCGCCAAGUCCCCGCACAGCACCGUGCCAGAGCACCACCCACACCCCAUCUCCCCCUACGAGCACCUGAUCCGGGGCGUGAGUGGCGUGGACCUGUAUCGAAGCCACAUCCCCCUGGCCUUCGACCCCACCUCCAUACCCCGAGGCAUCCCUCUGGACGCAGCUGCUGCCUACUACCUGCCCCGGCACCUGGCCCCCAACCCCACCUACCCGCACCUGUACCCACCCUACCUCAUCCGCGGCUACCCCGACACAGCAGCGCUGGAGAACCGGCAGACCAUCAUCAACGAUUACAUCACCUCGCAACAGAUGCACCACAACGCGGCCACCGCCAUGGCCCAGCGCGCCGACAUGUUGAGGGGCCUCUCGCCCCGAGAGUCCUCGCUGGCGCUCAACUAUGCUGCUGGCCCCCGAGGCAUCAUCGACCUAUCCCAAGUGCCACACCUGCCCGUGCUGGUGCCCCCAACGCCAGGCACCCCAGCCACCGCCAUGGACCGCCUUGCCUACCUCCCCACCGCACCCCAGCCCUUCAGCAGCCGCCACAGCAGCUCCCCACUCUCCCCAGGAGGUCCCACGCACUUGACGAAAUCUACCACCACGUCCUCGUCUGAGCGGGAGCGGGACCGGGAGCGGGAGCGGGAAAAGUCAAUCCUCACAUCCACCACGACGGUGGAGCACGCGCCCAUCUGGAGACCUGGUACAGAGCAGAGCAGCGGCAGCGGCGGGGGUGGGGGCGGCAGCCGCCCCGCCUCUCACUCUCACGCCCACCAGCACUCGCCCAUCUCCCCCCGGACCCAGGACGCCCUCCAGCAGAGACCCAGCGUGCUGCACAACACAGGCAUGAAGGGCAUCAUCACCGCUGUGGAGCCCAGCACGCCCACGGUCCUGAGGUCACCUCCAUCCUCCUCACCUGUUCGCCCGGCUGCCACAUUCCCACCCGCCACCCACUGCCCACUGGGCAGCACCCUCGAUGGGGUCUACCCUACCCUCAUGGAGCCUGUCUUGCUGCCCAAGGAGACCCCCCGAGUCGCCCGGCCAGAGCGGCCCCGAGCAGACACCGGCCAUGCCUUCCUUGCCAAGCCCCCAGCCCGCUCUGGGCUGGAACCUGCCUCCUCCCCCAGCAAGGGCUCUGAGCCCCGGCCCCUCGUGGCCCCCAGCUCUGGCCACACCACCAUCGCCCGCACCCCCGCAAAGAGCCUCGCACCCCACCACGCCAGCCCGGACCCGCCGGCGCCGCCCGCCUCGGCCUCAGACCCGCACCGAGAAAAGACUCAAAGUAAACCCUUUUCCAUCCAGGAACUGGAACUCCGUUCUCUGGGUUACCACGGCAGCAGCUACAGCCCCGAUGGGGUAGAGCCCGUCAGCCCCGUGAGCUCGCCCAGCCUGACACACGACAAGGGGCUCCCCAAGCACCUGGAGGAGCUUGACAAGAGCCACCUGGAGGGGGAGCUUCGGCCCAAGCAGCCGGGCCCCUUGAAGCUCGGCGGGGAGGCCACCCACCUCCCACACCUGCGGCCGCUGCCCGAGAGCCAGCCCUCGUCCAGCCCACUGCUCCAGACUGCCCCGGGGGUCAAGGGCCACCAGCGGGUGGUCACCCUGGCCCAGCACAUCAGUGAGGUCAUCACGCAGGACUAUACCCGGCACCACCCACAGCAGCUCAGCACACCCCUGCCCGCCCCCCUCUACUCCUUCCCUGGGGCCAGCUGUCCCGUCCUGGACCUCCGCCGCCCGCCCAGUGACCUCUACCUCCCACCCCCGGACCAUGGUGCCCCAGCCCGUGGCUCCCCCCACAGCGAAGGGGGCAAGAGGUCUCCAGAGCCAAGCAAGACGUCGGUCUUGGGUGGCGGCGAGGACGGUAUUGAACCUGUGUCCCCACCGGAGGGCAUGACAGAGCCAGGGCACUCCCGGAGCGCUGUGUACCCGCUGUUGUACCGGGAUGGGGAGCACACGGAGCCCAGCAGGAUGGGCUCCAAGUCUCCCGGCAACACCGGCCAGCCGCCAGCCUUCUUCAGCAAGCUGACUGAGAGCAACUCCGCCAUGGUCAAGUCCAAGAAGCAGGAGAUCAACAAGAAGCUGAACACCCACAAUCGGAAUGAGCCCGAAUACAAUAUCGGCCAGCCUGGGACGGAGAUCUUCAACAUGCCCGCCAUCACCGGACCAGGCCUUAUGACCUAUAGAAGCCAGGCGGUGCAGGAACAUGCCAGCACCAACAUGGGGCUGGAGGCCAUAAUUAGAAAGGCACUCAUGGGUAAAUAUGACCAGUGGGAAGAGUCCCCGCCGCUCAGCGCCAAUGCUUUUAACCCUCUGAAUGCCAGUGCCAGCCUGCCUGCUGCUAUGCCCAUAACCGCUGCUGACGGACGGAGUGACCACACACUCACCUCGCCAGGCAGCGGUGGGAAGGCCAAGGUCUCCGGCAGACCCAGCAGCCGAAAAGCCAAGUCCCCAGCCCCCGGCCUGGCAUCUGGGGACCGGCCACCCUCCGUCUCCUCAGUGCACUCGGAGGGAGACUGCAACCGCCGGACGCCGCUCACCAACCGCGUGUGGGAGGACCGGCCCUCAUCCGCAGGUUCCACGCCGUUCCCCUACAACCCCCUGAUCAUGCGGCUGCAGGCGGGUGUCAUGGCCUCCCCACCCCCGCCGGGCCUCCCCUCGGGCAGCGGGCCCCUCGCUGGCCCCCACCACGCCUGGGAUGAGGAGCCCAAGCCACUGCUCUGCUCGCAGUACGAGACGCUCUCUGACAGCGAGUGACUCCGAACGGGGGGACGGGCAGUGUCGGGUCCCAGCGAGCCACAGGACCAGCCUGGCAGGAGUGGGGCGGCUGCCGACUCCCCGCGCCGAGGAAGGAGCCCCUGAGUCUGCCUGCGCCUCUGUCCAUCUGUCCGUCCAGAGCCGGCAUCCUUGCCUGUCUGAAGCCUUAACUAAGACUCCCGCCCCGGGCUGGCCCUGUGCAGUGACCUUACUCAGGGGAUGUUUACCUGGUGCUCGAGAAGGGAGGGAAGGGGGCCGGGGAGGGGGCACGGCAGGCGUGUGGCAGCCACACGCAGGCGGCCGGGGCGGCCAGGGACCCAAAGCAGGAUGACCAUGCACCUCCAUGCCACUGCCUCCCCCGAAUGCAUUUGGAACCAAAGUCUAAGCUGAGCUCGCAGCCCCCGCGCCGUCCCUCCGCCUCCCACCCCGCUUAGUGCUCUGGACAGAUGGACGCAGGCCCUGUCCAGUCCCCAGUGCGCUCGUUCCGGGCCCCACAGGCUGCCCCAGCCAACGAGAUCGCUGGAAACCAAGUCAGGCCAGGUGGGCAGACAGAAGGGCAGGGUGCGGCCUGGGGCGAACGGCUGCUGCAAGGACUGGACUUUUCACACAGCGUGGCCGCAGCGGUGGGAAGGAAAGGCUGAUGUAAAUGAUGUAUUGGUUUACAGGGUAUAUUUUUGAUACCUUCAAUGAAUUAAUUCAGAUGUUUUACGCAAGGAAGGACUUACCCAGUAUUACUGCUGCUGUGCUUCUGAUCUCUGCUUACCGUUCAAGAGGCGUGUGCAGGCCGACAGUCGGUGACCCCAUCACUCGCAGGACCAAGGGGGCGGGGACUGUCCUGCUGAGUCCUCCCUCCCUCCCUUUCUUGGGCAGAAUGAAUUCGAUGCGUAUUCUGUGGCCGCCAUCUGCGCAGGGUGGUGGUAUCCUGUCAUUUACACACGUCGUUCUAAUUAAAAAGCAAAUUAUACUCGA